AUGAACUUUUAUACUGGUAUAUCUUCCAUAGCUAUUUUUAACGUUAUUUUUGGUUUAUUAAAACCAUUUUUACCCUCAAUUCGUUAUUGGAGAGGCCCAAAACAUUCACAUAGCAAAGUUAAGCAACUCAAAUCUGUAUCUAAAUGUAAACUUUUAUCACACAGAGAAGAACUUUUAAUGACACUUAUGCGGUUGCGCUUAGGUUUAUUAAAUGAAGAUAUGGCUGAUCGUUUUGGUAUUUCAAAAUCUUUGUGUUCUAAUACUUUUACAACUUUUAUUAGAAUUAUUGCUAAUAUUCUUGGACAAGCUAUUAUUGUUUGGCUGCCAACACCAAAUGGAUACAUAACGUUUCUAUCCAAAUGUUACGGUGGCAGAGCAUCAGAUAAAUUUAUUACAAGUGACAGUGGUUUUUAUGAUCUGUUGGAAAGAGAUGAUGAGGUAAUGGCAGACAGAGGAUUUCAAAUAAGAGAAGAACUAUUAUUUCGUUAUUGCAGCUUAUCAGUCCCACCAGGUGCAAGAGUAAAAAGUCAAAUGACUGCAAGUGAAUGUAAGAAGACUACUGAUGUUGCUAACUUAAGAAUUCACAUAGAAAGGGCUAUAAACAGAAUAAAAACCUUUCGAAUCUUAAAAAAUGUAUUACCUAUUUCAAUGCUUCAUCAUAUGGAUGAUAUUAUUUUAUCGUGUGCAGCUUUGUGCAAUUUAAAGCCUGCUUUAAUAAAAAAAAUUGUUUAA